AUGGAGUGGGUCACCUUCCGAGACACUUUCCGUAGCUUGAUACACAAUAACCAACAGUUGACAGCUGUGGAUAGGUUCUCGUACUUACGAUCUUCACUGACGGGCGAAGCUCUACAAGAGAUCAACUCGGUGGAGAUGUCCGAAGUAAAUUACGAGGUAGCUUGGACAACACUGGAACGGAGGUACGAAAACAAAAAGUUAAUCGUCAAGGCCCAUUUGGAUCCCUUGUUUGCGGUAGAAGUUAUGAAGAAGGAGAGUUACGAAUCACUGAGUAAGCUGGUUGGUGAUUUCGAGAAACACUUGUUGAUGCUGCAGAAAAUCGGAGAGGAGACCGCCAAUUGGAGCACCAUAUUAGUACACAUGGUUUGCUCGCGCUUAGAUUCCGCUACUCUUCGACACUGGGAGACACAUCACAACUCGAAAGAGGUUCCCACAUACACGAACCUAAUCCAGUUUCUGCGCGGACACUGUUCCGUACUACAAUCAGUCGCUCCCGUGAAGUCCAUCCCAGUCCAGGAGAAACGGCCCAAGCUUGGAGUCAGCACCGGUCAAUGGAUUCUUCCUAGCAGCAUCGUGUUGGCAGACCCGCAGUUCAGUGAUCCAGGACCCAUCGAUAUCAUCACUGGAGCGGAGUAUUACUUUGAUCUCCUUACCGAUGGGCGCAGCAAGAUAUCGAAAACCGGCCCAACUCUGCAGAACACCGUCUUUGGCUGGGUCGUGUCUGGUCCCAUUCCAAAUCAACCACCGGACAGCACCACCACCCAACUGCGUGUGGUGUUCGAUGCGUCUUGCAAAACUUCCACGGGCGUUUCCCUGAACGAUGCGCUAAUGGUCGGUCCAGUCGUGCAAGACGAUCUUUCAUCAAUUCAGCUCCGUUUCCGCCUCCAUCGAAUAGCAGUUGUUGCAGACGUCGAGAAGAUGUACCGCAUGAUACUGGUGUACCUGUUGGAUCAACGACUUCAAUGCAUCUUGUGGAGAAACUCACCGAACGAGCCAAUUCGUAUCUACCAGUUGACUACAGUCACAUACGGGACAGCGUGCACACCUUACUUAGCUACCAAGUGUUUGCAACGUCUAGCAGAGCUUGAGUCCGACAAGUAUCCCGUUGCAGCGAAGGCGAUGAAGAAUGAUUUUUACGUCGAUGACAUGUUGGCUGGAGCCGAUGACAUCGAAGCCAUUAUCCGUUUGGUGAAGGAAAUGGUUGAGCUAACCUCCUCGGGUGGAUUUAACUUGAGAAAGUGGAAUUCCAACUCCAGUGCUCUUCUGGCUGAGUUACCAACUCAUCUCGUAGAUGAUCAAUCUGCCUUGGACCUUGAUAUGUCGAACGCUUCUGUCAAAACAUUAGGUCUGCUGUGGAAUACGAGCACUGAUUGCUUCCUAUUUCGGUCACCCGUCUGGAAUGCAGAUGCAGUUAUUACCAAACGAGAUGUACUUGCGGACACGGCUCGAUUAUUCGAUCCUCUUGGCCUGGUGGGACCAGUCGUCAUCAUUGCGAAGAUGUUCGUGCAAGAUUUAUGGAGACAGAAGUGUGACUGGGAUGAAUCGCUACCAGAAGCAAUGCAGAACUUCUGGAUCGAAUACAGGAGAAAUCUCUCGGCUUUAGAUUCGCUUUCGAUUCCUCGGUGGGUGGCGUUCUGCACGGACCUUGCUUCAAUUCAAAUUCACGGCUUUUGCGAUGCGUCCAAGAAAGCCUACGGAGCAUGUCUGUACCUCCGGAGUACCACAUUCAGCGGAUUAGUGGAAGUUCGUCUCAUCACAGCGAAAUCCAAAGUUGCACCUCUAGAGGAUCUCAAGCGGAAGAAAAGGGAACAAACUACACCCCGACUAGAAUUGUCAGGCGCGCUACUCCUCAGUCAUCUGUACGAGAAGUUCGUCAGCAGUACCGGUAUCCACCACACAGCCCACUUUUGGACCGAUUCUACGAUCGUGAUGUACUGGUUGUCAUCCUUGCCAUCGAGAUGGCAGAUGUUCGUGGCGAAUCGAGUGUCUGAAAUCCAGCACAUUACAAAGGGAAGUUCCUGGAAGCAUGUAGCCGGUGCAGACAAUCCGGCCGACAUUAUCUCUCAAGGAAUGAUUCCAGCCCAGUUACAGUAUGAAAAGCUGUGGUUCGAAGGUCCUCUGUGGCUUCGCCAAGAUGCUAGUAUAUGGCCGUCGAAUGUUCCAGAAGAAGAAGUUGAUCAAGCACUCCUGGAGGAAAGAAAGAUCGUUGCACUGCCAGCAACAUCGGAACCAGUCAGUGAAAUAUUCAGCCUUCGUUCGUCGCUCUUUAUCUUGGUCCGAUUGAUCGCAAGAAUACGCCGUUUCGUCCAUAAUACACAGCACAGAGAUGAGAGGCGUAUUGCUUUCCUGUGGUAUCCUGAGCACGAAGAAGCACUAGCAGUCCUGGUUCGACUGGCACAACGAGAAUCGUUUCCGAUGGAAUUCGCUGCAUUGGAGAAAGGAAAGUCUAUCAGCCCGUCGUCAAAGUUGAACAAGCUCAACCCUAUCUUCAUUGAUGGAGUAUUACGUAUAGGAGGUCGAUUAGCAAAGGCACCAGUAUCAGCAAGUCGGAAGCAUCCGAUAAUCCUGUGUCACCGUCAUCCGUUGGCCAAGUUGGUCCUAGACUAUUAUCAUCGCAAGAACUUCCAUUCUGGGAUGCAGCUGCUUGUGUCCACAGUGCGGGAGCGAUUCUGGGUAACACGCAUCAGAAGCCUAGCCAACACUGUCAUUCAUGAAUGCGUCCAGUGCUUCCGUAACAGACCGAAGGUUUUGGAUCAGCUAAUGGCUGACCUUCCAUCCGAACGUGUAUCUCCAGCGCCACCAUUCCUGAACGUAGGCGUGGAUUACUGCGGACCGUUCCUGAUUAGCUAUCCAAUCCGCAGAUCCUUCCCUAGGAAACACUUUGUCGCAAUCUUCGUCUGCCUUGUAACGAAGGCAGUCCAUCUUGAACUGGUGAGCGAUUUGACCAGUGAAGCCUUUCUUGCUGCCUUCAAACGAUUUGUGGCACGCAGGGGAAGACCAGCCCUAGUCAUGUGCGACAAUGCCCUGAACUUUGUUGGAGCCAAGCGUCAGUUGGAUGAAUUACGGCAGUUAUUCAUGGAUCAAGGAUUCCACGAUUCUGUUGCACGCGGAGCAGUAGAGGAAGGAAUAGAGUUUCGAUUCAUUCCGGCAAGAUCUCCCAAUUUUGGCGGCUUAUGGGAAGCCGCGGUGAAAUCGUUCAAAGGGCAUUUCAAGCGCACUAUCGGCGACAGAGUGCUCCAGCAUGACGAAAUGUCUACAGUGUUGCCACAAAUAGAAGCCAUCCUGAAUUCUCGACCGCUCACUCCGAUCAGUAACGACCCGUCGGAUUUCGAAGCGUUAACUCCUGGACACUUUCUCGUCCAGCGACCAUUAACAGCGAUUGCAGAACCAUUGUUGGAAAAUAUUCAGCACAAUCGGCUGUCUAUGUGGCAGCGAGCUCAGGACUAUGUUCUGCAAAUCUGGAAGAAGUGGUCUGUCCAGUACCUUUCCGAUCUCCACAAUAGAACAAAAUGGACCCGCAAGCGCGAUAACAUCUCCAUCGGUACCUUGAUUCUGUUGAAAGAGGACAACCUCCCGCCUCUGAAAUGGAAGCUAGGACGUGUGGUUGACAUCCAUGCUGGCUCAGAUGGAAACAUUCGCGUAGUUACUGUCAAAACGCAAGACGGUCUGUACCGAAGGGCAAUUUCCAAAAUUUGCAUCCUACCGAUAAGUGACAACUUCGAUCUUUCUGCUUCCGAGCAAAAUUAA